AUGUACACAGCAAGUUCGACGAUAUCAGACUCAGAUGCUGCUCUUUUAGAGUGCAUUCGUCAGCAUCUUCUCAACGACGACGACUUCGAAACCCUGGCGACAAUCGCUGAAAAUGUUCAACCCCAUUGCCCAGAUUCAAGCUUCGACGCAUCUUCGUCGCCGGAGACAACGAUGUCGUUCGAGGCGAAUGAUUACGACGACUUGGACAUCUAUCUCGACCCCCCGAAAGAUGCCAUCGGGUUCAAAUCGCCCAGCUCGUCGAACGAGCAAUCGGUCGUGGAUUACGGAGACGUCAAACCGAACGAGGUGCUGCCCGGUGGGUAUCACUAUCGGGGAGUGAGGAGACGGCCCUGGGGGAAGUAUGCGGCGGAGAUUCGGGACCCGAAGAAGAACGGCGCGAGGAGGUGGCUCGGGACUUACCAGACGCCGCAGGGGGCUGCUUUGGCUUAUGACCGGGCCGCGUUCGCGAUGCGCGGAGCCAAGGCCAGGCUGAAUUUCCCUCACCUGAUCGGCUGCGACGAGGUGGAUCCGGUGAGGGUCACUCGGAAGCGGCACCGCUCACCCAAGGCCGAGACCGGCUCGCCGGAUCCGAAGUGGAGAAAGGAGGGCUUAACCGGCUCGGCCGGCGGCCCCGACCCCGACGAGCUUUAUGGCUAUGUCCUGUCGUUCCAAUAG